AUGAAUGUUUCGGGUCCGGCUGUAGCAUCUGCAUGGCGGCAAUUUAUCCGUGACCUGGACGUGGAUGAGCAGAAGCUCGCGCGACUGGUGGUCGUGCACGAUGAUCUGGAAAACUCUUUGGGGAAGAUUAGGGUGAAAAAGGGGGGAAGUGCGAGAGGUCACAAUGGCCUUAAAAGCUGUGUGGGUAGUCUGGGUGGUCUAGAAUUUUGGAGGCUCGGGGUCGGUAUUGGAAGACCGACUAGUCGUGCGAGCGGCGAUGUCGCAUCAUAUGUGCUGAGAAAAAUGACGAGCCAGGAGAAGAAAGAAGUCACGAAUGAAGUGGUGCAGGUGGCUGAGGAACUCGAAAAGCUUGCUUGGAAAGAGUGA